AUGAGUUGUAUUUCUGUUCAGAAACAUGUCAAUUAUGGUGAAGUGAUUCUAAUAGUUGGAGAUUGUCAUAAGAUAUAAUGGAAUGUAUAGAAUGGAAUUCAAAUGCAAUGGAAUUAAGAUGAUAUCUGGAGUGUGACACUGGACUCUUGUUGUUUACCAAUGAAUUAUCGUUAUGUAGUUGUUAAGUAAGACAACAGAUAGAUUGUAGAAUGGGAAGAUGGAAUCAAUAGAGUGUUCAAUUCCCAUUAAGAUGUUUAAGAUAUUUGGGGUCAUUUACGAAUUACUCUUAAAUUCAUGAAUUAUCUACAUUCUAACAUAACACUUAAUCUGUAUACCUAAAAUGGUAGACAUAAGAUUCCUUUCAAUAGAAUUGAGGGUGAAUGCAUAUCUACUUUUCAAAUCCCAAAUAAAUCUAUUCAUUAAUUGGCUUAUAAAUACCAAUCUAAUGAAAAGUGGGAGAGAGGUGGUGUUCGUAUGAUUAAUACCCAUCCAAUAAUCAAUAAUGUGAUUCAUGUGAUUGAUUAAGGUGUUGAUUUCAAUCUUAAUUAUAAUCGUAUUUUUGAAAACCUAUACGUUGGUUCAUUUAUUUAUAUAGAGUAAUUAUAAUUAUUAAUAUAAUAGUGAAAUCCGCAUUCUAUAAGAUAUGGGUGUAAAUGCUAUUCUCAACUUGUAGACUGUUGAAGAUCUAAUAAACAAGGAUUUGUCUGAAGAUUAUUUCGAUGAACUUCAAUCUCAAAGCUAAUCUCUUGGUAUCAUCUAUAUACAAUGUCCAAUAAAAGAUUGUAAUAAAAGAUCCUAUCUAUAAAAUGGAAUUCAUGCUUAUUAGAUCCUCAGGAAAUUGUUGGAUCAAGGUAAAUGUGUGUAUAUUCAUUGCACUGAUGGGAUUCAAAGGAGUGUUUAAACUAUUAUACUAUAUAUGGUGUAGGAUUUGAAUUACUCUCUCGAAUAGGCAAUCGAAUUAGUUCAAGUAAUUAGACCAAGAUCGAAACCUAUUCGUGAAGUAUUAUAAAAGCUCCUUAAUCUUUGAUAU